AUGCCAUCGCCCGCGGACGCACCGGGCGCAUGGUCUCCGUUCGGGGACGCGGGGGCGACGCGCACGCCUGCACCCCCGCCCCCGCACUCACCGCCCGAGGCGAAGUCGCAGGGCCGCGCGGGGAGGCCGCGGUUCGGCUCGAAGCUGUUCUCGAAGGCGUCCGGGGAGAACACGCCGAGGGCGUCCCCGAAACAUGGCAGGAGCACGUCGCUUCUCCCGGGAGGGAAGGAGCCCGAGGCGCGCACAGCGACGCGGGGAAAGCACGUACGUCACGUCACGAUGGAUGUCAUCAACACGCCGGGCCCCUCGAGCGUCUCCGCCGAAGAAAAAGACAAAGGGGAGCAGAGAAGCGUGCUCGCGAAGCUCAAGAUGCUCGCUUCGACGAAGUCCGCGCGCCACUUCAAACGCUCACAUACCGGUGGCGACACCCCGCUCCGCGCGACCGCGGUUGAGCCCCAGGACGCCCCGCGCAGCGACCACCCGGCUGCACCCGACGCGUCUGCGCGCCUCCACGCCACAGCGGGGCACGCCAGGCGCGGGCGGCAGCUCUUCCAGGACGACGGUCCCGCCCCGGCCAUCGUCGCGGACAAGUCCGGCAAAAUGGUCGGCUCGACUUCGUCGCAGGUGGAGGUCUUUGAAUCUCGAUCUCUGGAUGCACCGUCCUUCGUGGAAGCGCACGUGUCGCAGAUGGACGAGGCGGCGGUGCGGCGCUGGGUUGCGGAGCUGGACAAGCUCCGCGAGCACUGCGCGGCCGAAAUGCACCGCACGACGCGCAGCCACUACACUGCUUUCAUGGAACUGUCCUCGCGGGUGGCGUCGAUGGAGGCGGGCACGAAGACGCUGCGGACGCUGCUGCGGUCGACCACGGACGUCGUGCAGCGCCUGCACGACCUCGCGCGGUCGGUGCCGAGCGAGGGCGGCGCGCACACGAGGCGGGCGGAGGCGUUGCAUGCGUCGGUGGGGGGGUCGGUGCAUGAGACCACCCCGGACCCGAGGGAACAACGAGUGCGCGCGGAGCUCAACGAGUCCGAGAACGCCGUCAUCGAGGGGCGCAUCACGGACGCAGCAGCGCACGUGGCGGCCGCGCAGCGCGAGCUUGACGUUGCCGCAGUGGGUCGGGGGGCGCCGCCAGGAGGGCGCGCGAGCCGCGGCGAGGCGCAGGAGCCCGCGGACGACCUCGGCGCAGAAGUGGAGAAGGCUGCGGCGGAGCUGCAGCGGCUUUUGCGCGCGGAGUUCUCCUACACGCUCGCGACAGAUGACCAGCUCAUUGAAAUGCUGCUGGCGCUGUCCUCGCUGCGGGGGAAGGCCGAGGCGCUGCAGGACUUCCUGGCUGCGCUCCAGGAGAAGAUGAUGGCGCGAAAGGGUCCGCUCAUGACGAAGAAUGCUGGGCUUCUGCCCGACGAGCAGGCCAUGUCGGUCUGCCACCUGCACUUUUGCACGAUCGCGCGCUGCGUGGACAUCACGUUCGAGGCGUUCGGGGACGACGUGGUCGCGUCGGCCGUGCUCGUCGCGUGGGCCGAGGAGCUCGCGCGGUCCCUCGGCCGCACCGUCGAGACCGACGUCAUCGUGCAGUUCGGUCAGCCGGUGACGCUCCCCCAAGCCGGCACGUGCGCGGCGGUGGUGCGCGAGUACUGCCGCCUGCUCGAGCACUCCCGCUCGCUCGCGGUCGCGCACACCGCGAUGCCCCCCGUGCGCGCGGGCCUCCUCGGCGCCGUCGAGGCGCACCGGGCGUCGCUCCAGCAAGCGAUGUCAGCUGCCACGUCAGGGCUGCCGUUCGCGAAGCGCCUGGGGGUGAUCGCGGAGGAGGCGCGCAGGGAGGGUCCGCCGGAGGAAGGAGCGGCGGCGGUCGCUCCGCUGACCGUCGCUGCGCAGUGGUUCCUGGUCGAAUGUAGAAAAAUUAUCAACGCGUGUGCGUGGACUGCCGACGCCAACAUGGCCCGACGCAUCGGGGGGGUACUCGGAGACCUUUUUGCAAGUUACGCCGAGACGCUCGUCGCGGCGCUGUGCCCCGCGGGCUCGGAUCAGAAGCCCGAGGACGCGGCGGCCGGCCGGCCCGCCGAGCGAUCGCCGCUGUCGGUCAGACAGACCGAGUACAACGCCGCCGAGGCCCUGGUGUGGGACGCGCUGCCGACGGCGUUCCUGCCGCUCGACGACCUCUCCGUCGGCGCGAUCGGCGAGGCCCGCCUGCUGGACGUCGUGGACCACUUGGCCGAGUGUCUCGAGGUCGUGACGACCAGCGAGGGGCCGUACAACAGCGGGCGGUCGUGA